UCCCCGGGCGGGGGGCUCGGCCACGCGCCCGUGCGCGCGGCCGCGGCCGGGUUGCAGGGCUGGGCGCGCGCCCCGCGUCCCGGGCAAGAAGAUGGUGGCGAGCGCGCGAGUGCAGAAGCUGGUGCGGCGCUACAAGCUGGCGAUCGCCACGGCGCUGGCCAUCCUGCUGCUGCAGGGCCUGGUGGUGUGGAGCUUCAGCGGCCUGGAGGAGGACGAAGCGGGCGAGAAAGGAAGGCAGAGGAAGCCACGGCUGCUGGACCCUGGCGAGGGCUCCAAGGACACAGACAGUUCGGCAGGGCGGCGGGGCAGUGCGAGCAGAAGGCAUGGGCGCUGGCGGGGCCGUGCGGAGAGCCCAGGCGUGCCCGUGGCCAAGGUGGUACGGGCAGUAACCAGCCGGCAGAGGGCCAGCCGGCGUGUCCCACCAGCCCCACCCCCGGAGGCCCCGGGCCGCCAGAACCUGAGUGGGGCAGCAGCCGGGGAGGCGCUGGUAGGGGCAGCUGGUUUCCCACCACAUGGAGAUACAGGGAGCGUGGAGGGCGCCCCCCAGCCCACGGACAACGGCUUCGCCCCUAAGUGCGAGAUCGUGGGCAAGGACGCGCUGUCUGCACUAGCCCGGGCCAGCACCAAGCAGUGCCAGCAGGAGAUUGCCAACGUGGUGUGCCUGCACCAGGCCGGGAGCCUCAUGCCCAAGGCUGUGCCCCGGCACUGCCAGCUGUCUGGGAAGAUGAGUCCCGGCAUCCAGUGGGACGAGAUGCGGGCCCAGCAGCCCAUGGAUGGCCCCCCGGUACGGAUUGCCUACAUGCUGGUGGUUCACGGCCGCGCCAUCCGCCAGCUGAAACGUCUCCUCAAGGCUGUCUACCAUGAGCAGCACUUCUUUUAUAUCCAUGUGGACAAGCGUUCCAACUACCUGCACCGGGAGGUGGUGGAGCUAGCCCAGCUGUAUGACAACGUGCGAGUGACACCGUGGCGCAUGGUCACCAUCUGGGGCGGGGCCAGCCUCCUGAGGAUGUACCUGCGGAGCAUGCGGGACCUGCUGGAGGUGCCUGGCUGGGCCUGGGACUUCUUCAUCAACCUCAGUGCCACCGACUACCCAACCAGGACCAAUGAGGAGCUGGUGGCAUUCCUGUCCAAGAACCGGGACAAAAAUUUCCUCAAGUCACACGGCCGGGACAAUUCCAGGUUCAUCAAGAAACAGGGCCUGGACCGGCUCUUCCAUGAGUGUGACUCGCACAUGUGGCGCCUGGGUGAGCGGCAGAUCCCAGCGGGCAUCGUGGUGGAUGGUGGCUCCGACUGGUUUGUGCUGACACGCAGCUUCGUGGAAUAUGUGGUGUACACAGAUGACCCGCUUGUGGCCCAGCUACGCCAGUUCUAUACAUACACGCUGCUCCCAGCCGAGUCCUUCUUCCACACGGUGCUGGAGAACAGCCUGGCCUGUGAGACCCUCGUAGACAACAACCUGCGGGUCACCAACUGGAACCGCAAGCUGGGCUGCAAGUGCCAGUACAAGCACAUCGUGGACUGGUGUGGCUGCUCCCCAAAUGACUUCAAGCCGCAGGACUUCCUACGGCUGCAGCAAGUCUCCAGACCCACCUUCUUCGCCCGGAAGUUCGAGUCGACUGUGAACCAGGAGGUACUAGAAAUCCUGGACUUCCACCUGUAUGGCAGCUACCCCCCUGGCACGCCAGCCCUCAAGGCCUACUGGGAGAAUACCUACGACACAGCCGAUGGCCCCAGUGGGCUCAGUGAUGUCAUGCUCACCGCUUACACUGCCUUUGCCCGCCUCAGCCUGCGCCACGCCGCCACUGCCGCGCCCCCACUGGCUACCCAGCUCUGCAGGUUUGAGCCCAGGGGCUUGCCGUCCAGCGUGCACCUGUAUUUCUAUGACGACCAUUUCCAGGGCUACCUGGUGACGCAGGCGGUGCAGCCCUCAGCCCAGGGGCCAGCAGAGACGCUUGAGAUGUGGCUGAUGCCCCAGGGGUCGCUGAAGCUGUUGGGGCGCAGUGACCAGGCCAGCCGGCUCCAGAGUUUGGAGGUUGGCACCGAGUGGGACCCCAAAGAGCGUCUUUUCCGGAACUUUGGGGGGUUGCUGGGGCCGCUGGAUGAGCCUGUGGCCAUGCAGCGCUGGGCCCGGGGCCCCAACCUCACAGCUACGGUGGUCUGGAUCGACCCCACUUACGUGGUAGCCACAUCUUACGACAUCACAGUAGACGCGGAGACUGAGGUCACGCAAUACAAGCCUCCACUGAGCCGGCCCCUGCGGCCAGGGGCCUGGACUGUUCGACUGCUUCAGUUCUGGGAACCGCUGGGUGAGACCCGCUUCCUUGUGCUGCCCUUGACCUUCAACCGCAAACUACCUCUCAGGAAAGAUGAUGCCAGCUGGCUGCACGCGGGGCCACCCCACAACGAGUACAUGGAGCAGAGUUUCCAGGGCCUGAGUGGGAUCCUGAACCUGCCUCAGCCAGAGCUCGUGGAGGAGGCCGCCCGGCAGCACGCGCAGCUCACUGGCCGUGCACUCGAGGCCUGGACAGACGGGGAACUGAAGGGCUUCUGGUCUGUGGCCGGACUGUGUGCCAUGGGCCCCUCUGCCUGCCCUUCCUUGGAGCCCUGCAGACUGACCAGCUGGAGCUCUCUGUCCCCCGACCCCAAAUCGGAGCUGGGGCCUGUCAGAGCAGAUGGGCGACUCAGGUAGCAGGGCCCCAGCCAGCAGCCCUGGAGAACCCAGGGAAUUGCACCUUAUAGACAAUGGAGGGGUGUCCCCUCUCACAGGCAAGAACCAGAGGCCCAAGCAGCACACCCAUUUCAGCCAUCAAGAACCCACACAGACGGCAGGGAAGGUGGGCGCAGCACAACUACUGCGGCUGUCUCUGCUAGGGACCAGAGGGUUGGUGCGGACGUGAGGAGAAGGGCUCCAAAAGCACUCCGUGCCCAGCUCUUCCUCGCCUUCCUCUCUAGUAUUUUUUUUUUUUUAAUUUAAAAAGGAAAAUGGGUGGUGGGGGGAGGAACUAGAAACAGAAGAUGUGCAAUAGGGCUCAGAGCAGCCCCAGGAAGUCGGCCAUGGUUGUGGGAGCAGGGGCCUGCCGCACCCAUGUGCCAUCGCUCUGAAUGAGACUGGGCCCACUUUGCUCUCCAGGGCCUUGUCCCCAGCCUGGGCCUGUGGUGCUCAUGGCUGAGGCUCUGCAGGGGCGCAGGUGCCCUGCCAGGCUCUCUGGCCCAGAGAACAGGUGAUGUGGGGGGCACUGCAGAGCUGGGCUCUAGUGGGACAGUCUCUCCUCUUAUGGCCAGGGGACCUAGAAGAGGGCUGAGGCUGGCUCCAGGACUUUCAAGCAUACCCUGCCCCUUGAUGGGACAGGAGGACAUCAAGACCUGAGACCAGUGCAGAGUUUCCCAGGCCCUGGAAGGGUGAGCCCUCAUGAGCAGCGUGGGAGGAAGACCCUGUCAGGGCUCUCAGAAGAACCUGGAGUAGCACUGUGCCUGAAGCCCAGCGUGAAGUCUGAAAUAUGCAACAGAAGAAAUAUAUCUCUAUCUCUCUAA